AUGGGAAAAAAUGACUUUCUCACACCUAAGGCAAUUGCCAAUCGAAUUAAAGCAAAAGGACUGCAGAAGCUUCGAUGGUAUUGCCAGAUGUGCCAGAAGCAGUGUCGUGAUGAGAAUGGUUUCAAAUGCCAUUGCAUGAGUGAAGGGCACCAGCGUCAAAUGCAAAUUUUUGGACAAAACCCAACCCGCAUAAUUGAGGGCUAUACCGAAGAAUUUGAGACUACUUUUCUUGAGCACAUGAAACGCAGCCAUCGAUUUAGCCGUGUGGCUGCAACUGUAGUGUAUAAUGAAUAUAUAAAUGAUAGAAACCAUGUUCAUAUGAACUCCACGGAGUGGGCUACACUUACUGAGUUUGUUAAGUACUUGGGUCGAACAGGAAAAUGUAAGGUUGAAGAAACACCCAAGGGAUGGUUCAUUACAUACAUAGAUAGAGAUUCAGAAACCCUUUUCAAGGAGAAGAUGAAGAAUAAGAGAAUCAAGGCAGAUUUGGUAGAUGAAGAAAAACAAGAGAAGGAGAUCCAGAAACAGAUUGAAAGGGCUGAGCAAUUGAUGCAGCUAUCUAAUCCAGAGUCCGAUCAGCCUUCAAAGGUAGAGACUACAAGGGAACUAAACGCCGAAGAUGGAAUUAAGAUAGGAUUUUCUCUUGGGUCGUCUGCUAAACCUAUAGCCAAGGAUAAAGGCGAGACAUCGAGGACGGCGUUUGAUGAGGUCGAUGAAGAGAAAUAUGAGGAAAAGAAUCCUGUUAACAAUUUGAAGAGGAAAGAAAGUGGCGGUGGAAAAUCAACUUUAGAUGAAAUGAUCAGGGAGGAAGAGAGGAAGAAGGAAAAAAUCAACAGGAAGGAUUAUUGGUUGCAUGAGGGAAUCGUUGUUAAGGUUAUGAGCAAAGUCUUGGCAGAGAAGGGAUACUACAAACAAAAAGGUGUUGUGAGGAAAGUGAUUGACAAGUAUGUAGGGGAAAUAGAAAUGUUAGAAAGCAAACAUGUGCUCAGAGUUGAUCAGGAAGAGCUUGAAACUGUGAUACCACAGGUUGGGGGACGUGUAAAAAUAGUCAACGGGGCUUAUCGUGGAUCCCUUGCUAGGCUGCUCGGGGUGGAUACAGAUCGAUUUUGCGCAAAGGUGCAGAUAGAGAAAGGUGCCUAUGAUGGUAGGGUGCUUAAAGCCGUGGAAUAUGAGGACAUAUGUAAAGUAGCCUAG